GGCAAGUGACUCAAGCCAGAAGGACCCCACGGGCUUAAAAAGCGCAGACCAAAAGCCAGCCAGGGACCCCAUUCGGCCUUAAUCUGUCUAAUAUCUAUCUAUAUAUCAUCUAUUACUUCGAAUGGUCUAUUUAUACAGCCACUGCCCACAUGGCCAAAGCAUACACUCAUCUACACCCUAUAUAAAGUCCUCUUCUUCUUCUUGCAUAAUCACUCAACAAGUCAAUACAGAAAUAACAUAAGUCAAUAAAAUCACAAACAAAAAUGGGUUACUGGUCAGCUGCAAACGCCACGGAAGCAUACAUCAAAACCAUGAAAAUGGGUAAGAGAGCAAACGAACCGGAUGGAGCUGAGUUCAUCUCAGCAAUUGCAGCGGGAAACAACGCUCAAUUCAUGGUGGUUGCAUGUGCGGCCAUGGCUGGUUCCACCACCUUAGGUAUCAUUGCGGCAUCUCAUCAAACAGGUGGUAGGCUUGUUUGCAUUGUGAAGGGGAUUGGACAACUUGAGUCCUCCAAGCAAGUCCUUAACUCAGACACCUACCGGGUUGAAUUCGUAGUCGGAAAUGCUGAAUCUCUGUUGUCAAAUGAAUACAAAUCCGCCGAUUUUGUGGUCAUCGACUGUAACCUAGAGAAUCAUUAAGGGAUUCUUGGGGCCAUACAAAGCAACAGAGAAAAGAGAACGAUUGUGUUGGGGUGUAAUGCAUAUUGGAAGGAUUCACGGGUGUGGAGCAGAUCAAACGGUCAUUUGCUGCCGAUUGGAGAAGGGUUGCUGAUGAGGAGAGUUCCCGGAAAGUGUGAAAACAGUGGUGGGAGGCGGAGACAUUGGGUGGUUAAAGUUGAUAAAUGCACAGGCGAUGAGCAUGUUUUUCGGAUCAAAUCAGCAGGUGGCAAAGUUGUAUAA